AUGGAUCUCGACACAGAGGUUCUGAUCAUAGGCGCGGGGCUGUCCGGUCUCGGGCUCGCAGUCCAGCUAGUCCGCCAAUACGGACAUAGAAACUUUGAGAUCAUUGAGAAGUCCAACCACAUUGGAGGCACUUGGCUAGCAAAUUCGUACCCUGGCUGUGGUGUGGAUGUAGCAGCACAUUAUUACUCCUACUCGUUCUGCUUGAAUCCGAACUGGUCCCGGAAAUUCCCGUUGCAGCCAGAAAUCCUCGAGUACUUCGAGAGUGUGGCUGCCAAGUAUGAUAUCGAGAAGCAUGCUCGGUUCAACACCGUUGUCAAUUCGGCUCAUUGGGAUGAGUCCUCGCGUACGUGGCUGGUCACUGUCACGGAUGUGAAGGCAUCCAAGACGUACCAGCGGCGGUGCAAGAUUUUGAUAUCCGCCGUCGGCAUUCUGUCGAUGCCAAAUCCGUGUGAUAUCGACGGAGCCUCCUCGUUCAAGGGACCGCUGUUCCAUACUGCCCAGUGGGACCACUCAUUGGACUGGAAAGACAAGGAAUUGGUGGUAAUCGGAAACGGAUGCAGCGCAACUCAAGUUGUCCCAGCUGUCAGUGAUCCAGACAAUGGGCCCGUCAAGAAGGUUACCCAAUUCGCCCGCCAGGCGCAAUGGAUCUUCGAGCGCCCAAAUCCAGUGUAUUCAAACCGAUUCCGCUGGACGAUGAAAUGGGUUCCACUCGCCAUGCGCGCCUACCGCGCCGUGCAGAAUUACUACGCCGAGCUCGACUUCUAUAGUUUCGGCACCGAGAGUGGCGCCGAAAUCCGCAAGAUGUACGCGGAUUACCAAGGCGCGUAUAUCAAACGGACUGCUCCGGCUAAGUAUCACGAUUUCCUCAUUCCCAAGACCGAGGUUGGCUGUAAGCGUCGUGUGAUGGACUCGGACUACUUGGACUCUUUGCAUCGAGAUAACGUUGAGCUGGUGUAUCAGGACCCUGUUCGCGAGAUUGUCGAGAACGGGGUGCUCACUGAGUCCGGGAAGCUUGUGCCUGCAGAUGCCAUUAUCAUGGCCAAUGGAUUCCAGGUUCAGAAGCCAUUGCUCUCUCUCAAUCUCUUUGGAAAGGGGGGUGUUAGUGUUGCCGAACACUGGGAUAAGUUCAGUGAAGGGUCAGCAUCGUCCUACUUCGGCACCUGUCUUUCUGGGUUCCCCAAUUUCUUCAUCAUGAUGGGCCCCAACACUGCCAGCGGCCAUGGCUGCGUGACUUACACCACCGAGUGUCAGAUCAGCUUUACCCUACGUGCUAUCAAGCCCGUCUUGAAUUCCCUGAAAGCCCAAAGGUCUCUGCUACCCGUGAUAGGGUGGAAGGCUGACACGGUCACGGUGAAGCCGGAGGCCGAACAAGCCGACAUUGAUAACGUUCAAGAAAUGGCUAAAGGGCUGGUCUGGUCUUCGGGAUGCACUUCGUGGGUCUUUGAUGCACAGUCAAAGAGAAAUACCACGAUGUACCCUGACUUCCAGUACAAGUAUUGGUUGAGGAGUGUCUUCAUUCCGUGGAAGGACUUUGAUUUUUCGGCGCCAGUGUCCGGCUCUUCUCGCCCAUUGGGGGUUGCAAGCUUGAUGGCUGUGUCGGCGGUCAUUGCUGGUGUGGGAUCUCUUUACAUCAAAGAAUUUGUUUAG